AUGGCUGAAGACGGUGGCAUUAUCGACAAUCACACAAAUGCGGUAUCCAUUGUAUCGAAUUCGAAGAUCUCGUUUUCGAUAGAAAACGAUGUUGUCAUCGCUGAGGCCACAUUUGACUAUCUGGCUGAUUAUUUCAAAUAUUCUCUUUCGGCCAAUAGUAAGCCGAUGAAUAUAGAAUAUAUUUUGACGGACAUAUGCAGAUAUGCGUUUGCUGAACGCAAAUGCUCGUUGAACAUACGUACUGUGAAACAAGAAGUAAGUCGUCAAAUAAGUCACAUUUUGAAAUCAGCUCGUGAACGUGCUCAUGGGAACAGUAUUAUUGGAAUUUUACGCACGAAAAGUACUUAUCGAUUCACCUUUAACGCUAUCGAUUCUUUGAAUCAAUGUCAGGAAUCAAUCCGAUAUACGCAAUACAGAAAUAAUCAAUGUUCAAGUCCAAUUCUUUUUAUCAAAGAACAUAACAAUGCGAUCGCUAUUUUUCAAUUUUAUCCUUCAUCAAAAACGAUUGAAAUAACUAUAAACGAAGUCUUCGUGAACAAUGCGUUAUACUCGUUCAAUUUAACAAGAACAUUGGACAUCAGUGAAAUUUCUAGUCUUAUUACUGAAUGCGUUUGCAUUUCAAACGUUCAUUUGGAUAUGGCGUUUGUGGAAAAGAUGAUCAAAACGAAAAUUUUAUUUGAACGUAGUAAGUCUAAUUCUCAUUAUUUUUUAAGUGUUGUUGUAAGUACAAAACAAGACCUUCUACUUCAUCAAGUCACUGAAAACAACGAUAAAAACAGUUCUCAUUCUUCUUACGAGGAAGAAAUCGAAGCCACAGUUGGUCGAGUCUAUAAUACACGUGGUAUUAAGCGUUCUUAUGUAGAAGAUCCUAUAUCAAUCGAACCACGCAAAAACAUGCAUAGACAUAACAAAAUAAUCAAAGAUCAACGGGAUCUCUUGUACAUCAAGGACGCAUACCACAUUACGGAUUCUGCUUUCAAUGCUAUCAUCAAGUACGCUCAAAGUGACCAAAGUCUUUGUUCUUUGAAAGAAAUAGAACGGCUUCGAAAAGAUGUCAACUCAAGAUUACCUAUCCAAUUUGCUGCAACCUGUGCUUUUGUGAAAUUUGAAUAUGCCGUGAGAACAGCUAUAUUCGUUGCUCGCUAUUAUGAACCAAUGCUCGACAAUUACGACAAGCUAACCACUCGUAUUAAUAUGGACGGUACGUUAAUAGGAAACAAGCAUAUCGUUGCAAUUUCCAUAAAUUGUAUCGAGGGAGGCCAUCAGUCACAAACAUCGAAGAAUCUUGUGCCGUUGGGUCUCUUUGAAAUUGAAAAAGAAAACACCGAAAUGCUGCGCAAAGCUCUGCCAAAAGAGUUUAUUGACGAUAUUAAAACAGGUAAAUGCAUCACUAUCGAAAAAAGAAAUGUUCCGAUUCAAAUUAAACUAGGUGGCGAUUUGAUGAAUGCAGUCUAUGUCUUUGGACUUGCUGGUUUUAGUUCAAAUCAUUCAUGUGUUUUUUGCACACAGCACAAAAAUGAUCUUCAUGUAACUGAAGAAACUGCAUAUGAUAAAACUGUCGUCGAAGGAAAAGGAAAAACAAAAAAAACAACAGUUACUCGCAUUGGCGCAACAUCAUAUCAUGAUUUGAACAAACGUGCUCGAUCUCUUGCUGAGCAGAAAUUGUGUAUAUUGGAAAAAAAUAAUGCUCUAGGUUAUAAACAUGAACCUUUGUUCAGAGAUCUUUUUGAAUACACGGACUACUGUGUAGAUACACUUCAAAUGAAGCUGAGGAUUUUCGAUAUUAUUCUGAAAGAUAUGCUCUCACACGCUUCUCGAACUGGUAAGUAUGGAUCUGAGCAUUUGGCUAUUAUUGAAAAUAAAAUUAAAAUUCUAAAUCAGCAUUGUCAAAAGACUAUUGGUAAGCGGUUCUUUUUCCAAGUCGAUGUGGAUAACAAAAACAAGACCAUAACAUCUCACGGAAAAUUGUCUGGUCAUCUUCAGGACCUCUUCUUCGUUGACACUUUUCCGUAUGAUGAUGUUCUUGACGACGAGCUGGCACAAUCUGCUCGAAUGGUUGUGAAUAAGUUCAAAGAACUUCUUCAAGAAGUGAAAGCAAAUUCCAAGACACACAACGAUCGUCUUAAAUUUUUGUCGAUUCAAUUUGUAAAAGUGUUUCGAGCAAGCGGUCUUCGAACGACGGUAGCACCGUAUAUCCACAUUAUUGGAAAUCAUCUAUUUGAGUUCAAUCAAUUAAAUGAUCUUGGAGAUUUCAAUAUGCAGGGAGUGGAAAAAAGUAAUGAUCUUCUCUCGUCUCUAUUUUUCGUCCACAAACCCUGCGAAAUAUCCACUGCUAACGAUGCUUCAAAAACUUUAUCGAAUGCUCGAAAUGAACUUUGA